GCAGGAAAGUCUAAUACACCGUCUUAGCUUAUACUUUACACCAGUAAAACUGAUACCUGUCAAAAAAAUGCUCGCUGACAUUCUCACUUUAGCGACUACCACCGCAGCAGCAACAAUUCCAAGAAAUGCGGCAACACCAUCCGCAGAUUAUAUCUGGGAUAUCCUGAAGUGGCAAGCUGGGCAGUCUCAUGGCGCCCCAACUGCGCCGCUGACAGCACACUGUCACGAGAAUCCUGACACACACUACUACUUCAAUGUAUUUGCAUCCGAGUACGGUUACGGGCCGACACGGGUCCCGGGCUUCUUCGUACAUUGCGCUGGACAUGCUGACGGGAAGCCCCUGAGCUCAGAGUACACGAACUGUGAUCUGGAAAAGGCCGAUGAAACUGCCGACGCGGCUGUAUUUGCGCGUGUACUUCCCGAUCCGAACCUCACUAAAGCUCAUAUUGCUAUUAGUUAUCUAUUCAAUGCCGAGGACGGAUCAAAGACACGACGUAACUUUACUGUUGUCAUUGUGGAGGACUGGGCAAGGGAGAGACCGCCUCAUAACUUUACCGUGGUGCCGACUGAAGUUUCGUAA